AUGGAGGAGCAAGUGGACGCAACCAACGAAGAGCUGAGACCAUCUUUUGUUUGCUCACACUUCGUCGUUAAACCAAUGAUACAAUUCAAUCGCUUUUCCAAAUUUGAGCGUCUUAAGAGAUGCCUAGCGUAUGUUCUACGAUAUGUCGGAAACCUACGUAAAACUGUACAUGGUUCUUCUCGAAAACUUGGAAGGCAAUUGGGCAGAGAAGAGUUACAGGAUGCGGAGAAAUCGCUAUGGAUUCUAGUCCAAUCAGAAAGUUUUCCCGAUGAAGUAGCCGUGAUGAACCACAAUAAACAACACGAAACGAAGAAGAAAACGCUUGAGAGCUCCAGCAAGUUAGCAAAACUACCACCGAUUAUCGAUGAUCGAGGAGUUCCUCGGGUUGAUGGCCGGAUUGAUGCGGCAGAAUACUUAUCAUUCGAUGCAAAAUUUCCAAUUAUAUUACCUCGAGAACAUCGUGUUACGGAGCUCCUUCUAGAUUGGUAUCAUCAAAAAUACCGACACGCCAACGACGAGACUGUGUUAAACGAGAUACGUCAAAGAUUUUACAUUGUGAAACUACGAACAUGCUUGUGUAAGACAAAAACCCGGUGUAUAUGGUGCCGAGUCUUCAAGUGUACACCCGUGGUACCAAAAAUGGCACCUUUACCUCGAGUAAGGUUAACCGAAUACUUAUCAUUCGAAUACUUAUCAUUCGAUGCAAAAUUUCCAAUUAUAUUACCUCGAGAACAUCGUGUUACGGAGCUCCUUCUAGAUUGGUAUCAUCAAAAAAACCGACACGCCAACUACGAGACUGUGUUAAACGAGAUACGUCAAAGAUUUUACAUUGUGAAACUACGAACAUGCUUGUGUAAGACAAAAACCCGGUGUAUAUGGUGCCGAGUCUACAAGUGUACACCCGUGGUACCAAAAAUGGCACCUUUACCUCGAGUAAGGUUAACCGCAUACGUUCGUGCUUUUACGUUUAUCGGAAUCGACUAUUUCGGACCCUAUUUGGUGAAGCUUGGACGGAGCGCGGUGAAACGUUGGGGAGUUGUGUUUACAUGCUUGACCAUUAGAGCAGUUCACAUAGAGGUCGCGAGAAGCUUAACUGCUGAUUCCUGUAAGAAGGCAAUUCGUAGGUUUAUUGCCAGACGUGGAGCGCCUCAAGAGAUUUAUUCCGAUAAUGGAACGAAUUUUGUCGGAGUAAGCCGAGAGUUACACAACGAAAUUCGAGAAAUCAGUACAGAGCUUGGCAGUGCGUUCACAGAUGGCUACACACAGUGGCGAUUCAACCCGCCCUCAGCGCCGCAUAUGGGAGGAUGCUGGGAACGAAUGGUGAGGUCGAUCAAAGUAGCCCUAGCUGCGGUUCCAGUCGAUGAUAAGCUUGACGACGAGUCACUAGAGACACUUUUCGCGGAGGCGGAAAUGAUGAUCAACUCUCGUCCACUUACUUUCGUCUCUCUGCAAACGUCGGAUGAAGAAGCUAGCACUCCAAAUCUUUUUUUGUUACUCUGUUCGACUGUUGUGCAGCAACCAAUCAAAAGUCUUGUAUGUGACGGAAAAUCUGUGCGGAAUAGUUGGAACUCUGUGCAGAAAACUUUGGACAAAAUUUGGCAAAGAUGGAUCACCGAAUAUCUUCCGAUGAUUACAAGAAGGACGAAAUGGUUUCAAGAUGUUCGCCCGAUCAGUGAAGGUGCAUUGGUGAUUAUUGCUGAUGAGCGGAUCAGGAAUAAAUGGGUGAGAGGUCGUGUGGUACGCACAUAUCCUGGAAAAGACGGAAUAGUACGUCAAGCAGAUGUUUCUACACCAAGCGGAGUCCUGAGAAGAGCAGUCGCUAAACUGGCGAUAUUGGAUAUUGAACCAGAGGAUGGUGGCUCCACAGAGGAUGACGCACGUAACCAAGUGCGACAUGCGGGGGAGGAUGUCACCAGCAGCAAGCCCCUCGGUUGAACAGCUAAAAUGAUGACCCAAUGAGCGAAUGUCAGGAAAGGGAGAGACGAAUAGAUUAAUGUCACUAAACAAAAUAGAUUUAUUAUUCCUGAAUUGUACAGUAUUUGGAAAACAUCACUUCUUUAUAAAAUGAUAAAUUUGCGUGGAUAGCUGUAUAAAAUGUAAGAUUAGUUGAAUUAUUAUUGCUUCUACGUAUUAACUUUUCAUUUAUAGAUUAUUAUUGGAUACCCUAAACUAAAACUUUGUUCGUCGAAACACUUGUUCGGCCACUAAAUUGUAAGUAGCGAUGCAUUGAAUCAGAACAUGAAUUAAUAAAUAAACCUUUUAGCUUGAGCUGUCCUGAAACAUAGAAAACGACUUUGCUUCAAGAACACCGAACUUCACGAACACGCUUCAAAAUUUAGGAUCAAACAUUGUUUCAUCGGCAGGAAAUAUUCACUAGAAUAUUAUCAUUCCCAUCAAUAUCAUCGAAAAAACCGCCAAAGUUUUCCAAGCUCCGAGGAAUCUCGGGUUGUAUAUCAAUCAACUACAUUACAUUAUGAUUCAUAAUGCAACCGAAAUGAUUUGCAAUAUUUCGAAAUAUUUCGACUGUUUGUUAUAGUAAUUGUGAUAACGACCUAAAAGGACCAUGGCUAAUACCACGCGCGCUGCGGAGGAAAAUGAUCUGUCCAGGUGCAUGGUAGCAGAGAGACUGAGGAUAUGCACAAUAAAGUGUGUAGGCUGAAACCAGUAAAGGUGUGCACGAGACGCGCACGAAAUUUAAACGAAUAUUAAUUGAAACUCUACCACAUCCCCUUUUCCUUAUUUUAAGUUUUAUAUGCAACUGUAAUGCAAAUGCAAAUGCAAUGUAAAUAUAAUGGAUCGUUGAAGCCGACAACCCGUAACGUGGGUAGAUAACCUUGGAAUGGUGCGUUACGGUGUGAGAUCUACCAUAUCAAGUUUUGAUCUUGCUAUUUUCCAGCCUGGUUUGUUUAAAUGCAGGAACAUUUCAGGAUCAAGAUUUGGUGUACUUUUCUACACUAUUUAUUAUUUUUACCCUUCUUACACCCAUAAGAAGGAUAUAAAUACCGCUCGAAAAACCGACUUUCGAUCCGAGGCCCGCAGGGCCGAGUCUCAUAUACCAAUCAACUCAGCUCGACGAACUGAGCAAAUUUCUGUGUGUGUGUGUGUGUGUGUGUGUGUGUGUGUGUGUGUGUGUGUGUGUGUGUGUGUGUGUGUGUGUGUGUGUGUGUGUGUGUGUGUGUGUGUGUGUGUGUGUGUGUGUGUGUGUGUGUGUGUGUGUGUGUGUGUGUGUGUGUGUGUGUUUUUUUCCUUCUUAACCCAAAGCGGGAUAAAUCUGCUCAUCAGACACCUUAACAGGAAGGUUAGGGUAGUGUGGGGUUAAGGCCGUCUUCUACAACACUAGUAGAAGCCAGAACUACUCUCUCCUCGACCCACUAAAACACAUUCCUAUGGUCGCCAAACCCUACGUCUCUCCGGAACCACCAAGAAGGUAUUGCUUCAGAGAGGGGCUAGUGCAUAUCGCACCCUCAAGGUUAGCUGCCGUAGCCUAGCAGCAACGAACAUCGAUGACUCGCUCUGGAGAGUCCAUCACGGUAGCAUGCUGGCGCUUAACCAGUUUCCCGAGUGGUCCUCGCCACUCCCUUUGUCCUCGGAAGGCGGGCAGGGUCAACCCCGCCCGCGCCCUACUGCUGAGCGGACAUCAAGAACUGAUGCCCACAUGCAACCCGAUCUGACCUGCCCGUAAGGAAGUGUAUCACUACCCUUCAGGCCCUAUCAGAUGCAUCCGUAGGUUGCAGACAGCAGGGUCUCACCUACCCCGACCCUUGCCGGGGACCCCUUUCCAACCGUGGGCUCAGAUUCAACCCAGUAGACUGACGCCACGACAGUACCGCUACCGGGACUUCCUCUCCGCGGCCACUUAAUCGCUGUAAGGGUCGUUCUCGACCGCAGGGCACCGGUAUGACCUACGAAGCCGACUCCGAACCCCUGGACCACCUCUUGUACUGCAUCUGGACUAGCCAUUCUCCGAGUCCACGCGCCACCUCUUCUGUAGCUUCCAGACGAUAUGGGUGAUAGCCGCUGAAACGGCAUUCCAGCUAAUCUCAUCCCUACACAUUCUCUGGACCAAGUUGUCCGGAGUUGUGUCCUCCCCGCAUGUGGCAAGCAUGCGGUCACGCAUUGUGCGAAAACGCGGGCACACGAACAAAACGUGUUCCGCCGUUUCCUCUAAACCAUUGCACACUGGGCAUUCGGGAGAGUUCGAAUGCCCGAAACGGUGUAGAUACUGUCGGAAGCAACCAUGGCCUGUAAGGACCUGUGUCAGGUGGAAUGUAACUUCCCCAUGGCGCCUAUUAAUCCAACUAUCUACCCUCGGUAUCAACCUAUGGAUCCACCUUCCUUUGGUGGAACUGUCCCACGCGCGCUGCCAUUUUGUGAACAGUAUUCGCACUAUUGGCUCCAAACUAAUUGAUCAAAACUAGCCGAGCUCCGGCCUUUUCCAACCGCGUCUUGAUUGCUGGGCAGAUUCCACACGAAUGAAUACCACAUCUCAAGAGCGGUAGUAGUCUGUACGUUGACUUGUCACACAGACUACAGAGCCCGACUAGCCAAUCUAGGGAUGCACAAAAUUCCCUCUAACAAAACAUCGUCUCUUCAGGCCUUAUAGAGACAUACACACUGGUUUACAUUCGGCCAUCCUGCUUAUCUCGGCCCCGGAGAUAGGCCCUACUGAAGCCUUAAUCAGCUUAAAGGAUUUUAUAUCUAACAGACAACUCAUCAUGCUCCGUUAUCUGUAAACUUAGUAACUCUCAAAGCACCGUUACUAAUUGACUUUAUUGGGUCAUAAAUAGCAUGACCAUUAUAAGCAACGUUUAUAAGUAACUCUCAAAGAACCGUUACUGUUUACUUAAGUAGUUUUUGUCAACAACUUUUUAAUAACUCUCAAAGAACCGAUACUAAAGUGUCGUUGUAUGCAGAAUGUUUGAACCACUUAAUGAUAACAUUGGAAACCACUUUCUUCCACGCAUGACAUUUACUAAGAAAUCUGUUCCAUAAUCAUUAUUAAACCUUUUUAAUCUCGAGUACCACAUUUCUCACACGGCACGAUCAAUUUCUAGUCAAAGCAGGCAUGGAAUUAUUAAAGACACAUUACAUUUACUUUCACAGAAACGAUUUUAUUUAUUGACAUCCUUCCAAAACGUCUAAUUCAAUUCAAUUGUUCGGGAGGUUCUCAAGAAUUGUUUCAAAUCUCCGGAACAUACCUGAUUCAAUGUUCGUUGAUUUCGUCAUCGUCUUCCUCGACAUCAGGGAAAUUGUCUUCCGGGGGCUGGCCCCACAACUUAAUCUUGUCGGCUGCAUAUACGGAUUCGAACGGUUUUUGCGUUACUUGAGUAGCUGGCGUAUCCUUGACCACGUACCGGUCGGCAUCUAGAACCUUAUCAAUCACGUAUGGUCCACGAUAUCGUGGCAUCAGCUUCCUAGAACCACCAUCUGCUGGAGGUUCGUAUCGCAAAAGUACCAAGUCGCCUACGUUGUAGGAUUGGGGGGCCUUGUGAGUAGCGUUAUAACGUUCAGCUUGUUGUUCAGAGUUGCGGGUCAUUCUCUCAAGAGCCUUUUGUCUUAAUUCCGGAAGAAGCUCCUUUUCUUCAACAAGAUCUGCUUCAUCAUGUAAUGCAUUGAGGAGUUUGUUGCUCAAUACAUUUCUCGGGCGGUAUCCGAACAGUAGAACUUGCGGACUCUCCCCAGUAGUUCGGUUUUUCAUUGUGUUCAUGGCCCACUGAAUAGCUGGUAGAUUCAAAUCCCAAUCACGCUCGUCCGUAUCCAUGGAAAAACAUUUCAACGCGUUGGUGACGUACUGAAAGCACCUUUCUAUCUGUCCGUUUCCUCUUGGUGUUUUGGCUGCUACUGGUGAGUGCUUAAUAUCCCUUUCCUCACAAAAUUCAGCAAACGUUUUCGCCAUGAAAGCAGCUCCUCUGUCGGUCACAAGUACCUUCGGGGUUCCGAAGUACUGUGAAAUUUCCUUCAGAACCGAAAUUACUCCAGACGUACUGCAAGUCUUCGUAGGGCGCAAAAUAAUGAAUCUUGUGAAAGCAUCGAUGAUACCGAGAACCUGCGUGUUCUGCCUCUUACUUUUCGGAAAAGGACCACAGUAGUCAGCAUGGAUUACCCAGAAAGGAAUAGGCUGCUUUAGGUGAGUGUGUAUUGUAAUCCGAGUUUCGUCGAGUCCUCGCUUGUUUGCUGCGCACUCAAUACAACAUUUCACAUACUGCCUGAUGAAAGCGUUCAUAUUCUCGAACCAGAAGUCCUGAUUCACUAACUCGGUUGUUUUAUCUAUUCCGGGAUGCCCCAUAUCGUCGUGCAAUGACUUGACGACAUGAAAACGCACCUUCGUUGGAACAACGAAUUUCAGGCCAUUUGGUGUUACACGGAAAAUGCGACCGUUCGCUUCUUUGUAGCUCUUGAUUAUAUCCUUUUCUGGCGUUAAUAAUCCCUCAAGCAUUUUUUUCACCUUACAGAUUUUACCAUCUUGGAGUUGCAGUGCUGCUACCCAAUCGAAGCUAUCGACAGCUAUUGCCAUAACGCGUUCAACUUCUCCAGCACGACGUAUUACAUUACGGCUAAGACUAUCGACAUGAUUCAUUUGCCGACCAGAUCGGAACUUCAAAUCAAAGGAGAACUCUUGAAUAGUCAGCCACCAACGAGCAAUGCGAGGAUUAAGUUCCUUCUUGGCACGCGUUAAAGCCAAGGACUGGCAGUCGGUAUAAACGGUGAAGUGCUUAUUGAGCAAGUAGUAGCGAAACUUUUUCAAACUUUCAACCACUGCCAAAACCUCCAACUCGUAGCUGUGGUGUCGAGAUUCCGGGUCUGACGUAGCUCUGCUGUAAUACAUUACGGGCUGAGCCUCACUUCUCUCGUUGACUUGUAUGAGAAUCCCUGCCAACCCGAAACUGCUUGCGUCACAGUGAACUUCGUGUUCGAGAGAAGGGUCAUAAAGAGCUAAUACUGGUCGUCUAGUCAAGGCAAAUUUAAGGCUUUCAAAUGCAAUCUGUUCAGCUUUUCCCCAAACAAAAGGAACCUUUCCUGUAAGCCUCGUGAGUGGAGCCGCUAUUUGACCGUAAUUUUGUACAAAACGGCGGAAAUAUCCCGUAAGGCCUAAAAACUGCCUAACACCUCGUGCAUCUUCGGGGACAGGAAACUUAUCUACAGCCUCAGUUUUGCUUUGUCCAGGUGACACGCAUCCUUCCGUGACGACAUGGCCCAAGUAUUCCAAA